GCUGAAUGCUGAUUACCGAUCGCCGGAAAGGGAAUCGCAAUUAUUCAAAGAAUUUAUCAUUCUAAACAUUUUUCGAUAUAAAUCUUUGAAAUAUCACUAGUUACCGGACAAUUUCCAUUAAUUUUGGUUGAUCAAGUUAAUCUCCUGAUAAGUAAUGGACGAGGAGCUAGACCCCUCAGAACUGGGCACGCAGACAUACUGGAAACAAGCGUACACGAAAGAAUUGACCAACUUCAACGAACAUGGCGACCCUGGUGAUGUGUGGUUCGGCGAGGACAGCGCUAUGCGGGUGAUCAGAUGGGUGUGCAGCUGUGGUGUUGGUGUGGACGACAGGAUUAUUGACUUGGGCUGUGGUAAUGGUUAUACAUUGUCUGAAUUAGCGAGGGAAGGAUUCACAAAUCUCCUAGGAGUGGAUUAUUGUACGGAGGCUAUUGAGUUAGCCGAGAAAGUGUCAAAGAGCGAGUUCCCGUUCAUUAGUUUUAAGGUGUUCGAUAUCAUUAAUGACAAUGUAGAGAACCUAGGUCCCAAAUUUAGUCUAGUCCACGACAAAGGGACAUACGACGCAAUUAGUUUGAGUCCACAAUGUGCUAAAGAGAAUAGACUGAAAUAUGCGGAUCAGGUUUCAGCCAUGUUGAAGGACAACGGUUUAUUCGUAAUAACGUCUUGUAACUGGACGGAAGCAGAGUUGAUAAGACAUUUUUCAGAAAAAAUGAAGUUGAAGUGUGUCAUACCGACGCCGCAGUUCAAAUUUGGCGGGAAAGUUGGCAGCGUUGUGUCGUCUGUGGUGUUUGUUAAAAAAUAAAAUAAUAAAUAUUUCAUUA